CCAUUUUUAAUUCAUAACUCAGUACAACGUUAAGAGAUCUGUUCAUCAAAGAAAUGUCAAACCCAACAUCUUUGUGUUUUUUCUAUGAACUCUCAGGCACUUCUCUCAUGGAAGUAAAUGAAGACAAGACCCCAUAUAUGCAAAAUUUUCUUCAAAACGAAGAAACUUCAUUAGGAAAGAGAAAGAUAUCUUCGAUUGUGGAGACAGAAGAUGAAAGGGAAGUGAAGAGAAUAGCCUUCUUUUCUCAAGAACCUGAAGAAGAAGACAUUGAUAUGAUCGAGGAAGAUACAGAAAGAGAGGAUCAUAUAGAUGAUAACGAGAUGAUCAUGGAAGAUCAUGUUAUUGAAAAAGAGUGUAUCGUUGACUUUUAUGGUUUCUUUUGAAACAUUAUCGUUGAUGGUUUA